AUGUAGAGAGCGCGAAAGCUCCGUGAUUAAUCGCGUAUUUUAAUCGUUAAAAGUUUAUAACAAGUGCAAACUUUUGUCUGGAGUGUCGAUUAAAGUGACGGGCGAUUGUCAGAAUAUAUUCUUGUUACCGGGGGUGUUUGCGAUUAACGUCAAUGACUGUCUCGUAGUUAUGGUUAACACAGUCAAAGUGUCUGUUCAUACCUGAUGAUCUGCGUGCGAUCGCCAAGGUUAUCGUCUCGCUCUCUCCGAAUGUUUACAGUGUCGAAUGUGUAAGAUGAUAAUAAUACUACAAUUAUCUAUUUUGCAGACGGCAUAAAGUUUAUUUUGUUUCGCAUUUGUCUUUUGUGUAUUACGUGAAAAAUUCGCGUGUAACUCCGUCCUGAUUUCAUUGGCUGCAUGUAUACAGGCAACCAGGAUUGCCACCUUAUAUGAAGGUGCAUCAAUUUUAAACUUUGAGUUAAAAAUUGGAGCAACUUCAUAUGGGAAACCAUUUUGUUUGCCGGUAUAUAAUGCUGAGUCAUUGUCGAACGUAUAAGGUGAUAAUAAUUACUACACUUAUGUGCGCGAACGCGUUACGAGAUAAAGUGCGUUUUAUUUCGCGAUUGAGUUAUGUGUAUCGCGGCGUGAUAAAUUUGCAACGUGAUUUGUCCGUGAUUUUCGCAGUUUUUCGGAAUUGAAGUGCGCGAAUUGACUUUCAUUUCACAUAACCAACAAGUGCGGAUUUCCCGAAUUCAUCGAUUCUUUGAUGAAGCUGAUGCGAAGUAGCUCAAAGGCAGAAUUUGUAGCGGGUGGAGCAAACUACAAUAUAUUAGUUUCCCGAAUUUGUCGAUUCUUCGACGGAACUGAUGCGGUACAAUUCUCUAAGGCAAAAUUUGCAGCAAGGAGCAAACUACAAUAUUCUAGCUAGUAUAGUUGAAAAAGCUAGGAUACAACGACUGAAAGGAGCAGCCAUCGAUGGACUACCAUCGAGAGGAGGAGGAGGCCCGGGGGGCAUCAGGCGUCGGUGGAGCAACGUUAAGAUCAACGUAGCCAUCAACUUCACUGCUGCGCAUCAUAUUGGUGUUGUAGUCGAUGGUGCGACAGAUUCCGACGGCGGAGAGGCAUCAACUGGAAUAACGUUUGCUUGGAGAAAUUAUUAAGAACAUCAGUUAACAUAAGAUGAAAUCAGAGUGUCGUCUAAUUGCGACGUUGUGCGUUUCAAAGAACAUUAUGGCAGAUAAGUGGAAUAAUAAUAGGAAUAAUAAUAAUGAUGACGAGUUAUAUUAAACUUGCGAAAAUAAGGGAUAAAAAUUCCGCGGAACAUGUCACAUAAUUAUUUUCACGGUUUGCCGCGACGGGUGUCGCGCAGUCGAGUGCUAAUGUCAGUGGAGUUUCGCCUACGCGAAACGCGGGAGGUCGCUGAAUAGAAUACCGGAAUACUCGCAGGAUAUUGUCUCGUCUCACGCAGCGCUGAAUAUAGGCAUUAUUUCUUGCAGAACGGGAUUAUAUGUAUUAAAUUCUGAGGGAAUUCCGCAACAUCUUUAUACACGUUUUCUCGGGAAGUAUAUUGCUAGUGCAAUAUAUUAUCGUGCGCUAUCCGCGACAGACAGGGGAAAAAAUAAAACAAAUCAGUUGUUAGAUACAAAAUAAA